CCUGUGUAGGUUGUAAACAAAACACAGCUGAUCCGAUUGACGCUCGCUUUGGCCAACACAUUUUUAUAUAAUGUCCGCCGCAAAAAGUGAGAAUGCUGAGACAAAAGCGUCGGAAAACAAUGCAAAACUGACUGACACAUGGGCCAUUCGCCCGUGUCACCUGUACAAAGAGGAGUACGACGAUUGCACCAGUUUCAAGGCGCGCUUCCAUCAAUAUUUCAUACAUGGCAAAGACGCUGACUGUUCGCAAUGGCUGAAGGACUUGCAGAACUGCGAGCGCUAUGAGCGAUCCAAUGGCAAUGAUAUUGAAGCUGGUGCCGCGAUAAUCAAGAGCGAGGAGCAGCGGAGAAUCACAAGAUUGCGGGCGCACUACGCCAACGAUACGUGGGCAAAGCGUAAGCAGCCGCCGGUGGAUUGGGCCAAGCCGCUGCCCGAAUGGCUGGAGAAGCGCAAUGAAAACACCUAUUUAGAGCUAAAGCAAAAAGAGCUGUCCGGCCUGGCGGUAGAGCAAGAGGCACAGCGUUCCUAUUGCGCCAUCAUGUAG